AUGCACAGCACCGUGGAAUCUCGUCAUCAACCGCAUCAACCACAUCCCAAACAUCAUCACCAUCCUCAUCACCAUCAUCCCCAUCAAGGGCAUUUACAUCAACCGUUCAUAUCAGACCGUCGAGCAUGGCAUCCAGAAGAAGAAACACGGCAUCAAAAUGGUCGAUCACCUACGGAUGCUAGUCAGCGAGUCCAACCCCACCUGCCACCGAAACCGACAGGUCAUGUGGAAUCUCGGUUACCGCCUACUCCAAGUCGAUCAGUGGCUUGGCCACCACGGUUGACGACAAUGCCAGACUUCAGUGGUCAGCAACCCUACUGGCCAAGUCAAAAAGCCAGAGCUGAACGAAAACAUUCGGUCUAUGUGAAUGCCGCGAUCUAUCCUCUGCGGGAACAACCUCAAUCACAGAACGGGGGAGACAAAUCCGAAACCGGCAGUCCGGUUGGAACGGUGCGUCGCUCUCCACCCGCCUCAUGGACUCAUUUGCUCCCGUAUCGCACAUCUACCGUGCCCCAAAAUCUAUCCGAACGUUUGAAAAAAUCCGAGACUCUGCCGAACGAUGUGUGGGUGCAUGCACAGCGUACCAAUUCAAUCCACGAUCCGAAUUCACAAACUAACUCGGCGCAUCCUCAAACCGGUACUGGCAAUUCAGCCAAUGUGGACCAUCAGAUGGCCAGACAGAAUGGUACGGACGGGACUCCGAUUGGAUUAAAAUCACCUCCACCACGACCUCCGAUACGAACCAGUUCACAGCAACUUUCCGGACGGAUGAACCCGUCUACUCCGUCGGAACAGCGUGUUACCCGUUCCAUCCCAAAGUCAAAUUCGUCCACUCAAUCACCACAAUUAAGACACGAUCCCAGCCUAUCCGGACUAUUCACUGGUGAUCAAACCUCCUUGGACGAUAGUCCAAUUUUGUGCCGUUAUUCGCAACUGUAUUCAUUGGCUCCGAAACUAGAUUCAGGUGAUCGUAGCAAGCUGUACACAAAAGGCACUCAAAAUCACUCUAACAGUCCGAUCCUCUCUAGACCAAGCAUAGAUACGCCCCCACUGCCACCGGAGUUGCAUAUGCAAAGGCUUCGCAUUCACACGGAUGAUAUAAGUUGA